AUGGCUGUGCCCCUGCGCCGCCGGCUGCCGGUGCUGCCGCUUGUCCUGCUGGCAGCUGGCGGGCUGCGGGCAUCAGAGCGGAGCAGCGGUAGCAGCAGCGCCAUGGAGGAGCUCGCCACCGAGAAGGAGGCGGAGGAGAGCCACAGGCAGGACAGCGUGAGCCUCCUCACCUUCAUCCUGCUCCUCACCCUCACCAUCCUAACCAUCUGGCUUUUCAAGCACCGCCGCGUCCGCUUCCUUCACGAGACUGGCCUGGCCAUGAUCUACGGACUCAUAGUUGGGGUGAUCUUGAGAUACGGGACUCCCUCCACCAGUGGCCAUGACAAGCCAUUCAGCUGCUCACAGGAGAACAGGCCAUUUACAACCUUGCUGGUUAACGUCAGUGGGAAGUUCUUUGAGUAUACACUCAAAGGGGAAAUAAGCCCUGGGAAGAUCCAUAACGUGGAGCAAAAUGACAUGUUGCGAAAGGUAACAUUUGACCCAGAAGUUUUUUUCAACAUUCUGUUGCCUCCCAUUAUUUUUCAUGCUGGUUAUAGCUUGAAGAAAAGACACUUUUUUAGGAAUUUGGGGUCUAUUUUGGCUUAUGCCUUUUUAGGAACAGCAGUCUCCUGCUUUAUUAUUGGGAAUCUGAUGUAUGGGGUUGUGAAACUAAUGAAGUUGGUGGGUCAGCUCUCUGGUAAAUUCUACUAUACAGACUGUCUCCUCUUUGGAGCAAUAAUUUCUGCCACUGAUCCAGUUACUGUGCUAGCAAUAUUUAAUGAGCUGCAUGCUGAUGUCGAUCUCUAUGCCCUUCUGUUCGGGGAGAGCGUGUUGAACGAUGCUGUUGCCAUUGUGUUAUCUUCAUCUAUAGUUGCCUACCAGCCAACAGGUGAAAAUACCCACGCUUUUGAUGCUGCAGCAUUUUUCAAGUCUGUUGGUGUGUUCCUGGGAAUAUUCAGUGGUUCUUUCAUGAUGGGAGCUGUGACAGGGGUUGUGACAGCUCUGGUGACAAAGUUUACCAAGUUGCACUGCUUCCCCCUGCUGGAAACUGCACUAUUCUUCUUGAUGUCCUGGAGCACUUUCUUGCUUGCAGAAGCUUGUGGAUUUACUGGCGUGGUGGCCGUCCUCUUCUGCGGCAUUACCCAGGCGCAUUAUACGUACAAUAACUUGUCCGUCGAAUCAAGAAGUCGCACUAAGCAGCUCUUUGAGGUAUUGCACUUCUUGGCUGAGAACUUCAUAUUUUCUUAUAUGGGCUUAGCACUGUUUACUUUCCAGAAACACAUUUUCAGCCCAGUCUUCAUCAUUGGAGCUUUUAUUGCUAUCUUUUUGGGUAGAGCUGCACACAUCUACCCUCUGUCCUUCUUAUUGAAUCUGGGCAGAAGGCAUAAGAUCAGCUGGAACUUUCAACACAUGAUGAUGUUUUCAGGUCUCAGGGGGGCCAUGGCGUUUGCUCUGGCUAUACGAGAUACUGCUACCUACUCACAUCAAAUGAUGUUCUCAACAACUCUCCUCAUUGUCUUUUUCACUGUGUGGAUUGUCGGUGGAGGUACAACUCCCAUGCUGUCAUGGCUGAACAUCAGGUCAGGCUACCACAUUCCCUCAGUAAUACCAUUUGCUUUGUUUUCCUAAUGUUUCUGUAGGGUUGGGGUUGACCCAGAUCAGGAUCCUCCACCUACUAAUGACAGCUUUCAAGUCUUACAAGGAGAUGGCCUAGAUUCUGAAAGAAGGAACAGGACAAAGCAGGAAAGUGCUUGGCUGUUCAGGCUAUGGUAUAGCUUUGACCAUAAUUAUUUAAAGCCAAUUCUCACUCACAGUGGCCCUCCGUUAACCACAACUCUGCCCAGCUGGUGUGGCCUGAUAGCCCGCUGCCUGACAAGUCCCCAGGUUUAUGAUAAUCAAGAACAGCUUAGAGAAGAGGAUUCGGAUUUUAUUCUCAAUGAUGGUGACCUUACUGUCACAUAUGGUGAUACAACAAUAACUGCAAACGGUUCUUCUGGCCCCCAUACAGCUACCACUAGCCUUGAUGGCAGGAGAACAAAAAGUAGUUCAGAGGAAGCACUGGAACGUGAUUUGGGAGCAGCAGAUCAUGAAGUUACAAGCAGGGGUACCCGAUUAGUAUUUCCUCUGGAAGACAAUGCAUGA